UAGGAGCCAUUGUGGAAACGGCACUUCCGCAUUGCGACUGCACUAGUGCAUUUUCUCGCAAAGUUGGGCGAUUCUCUGGUCGUGCUCCGCGCUCGGCUUGCAUCGCUGACAUGGAGGAAAUCCUGUCAUUCAGGGAUGUGGCCAUUGAUUUCUCUGCAGAGGAGUGGGAAUGCCUGGAGCCUGCUCAGUGGAAUCUGUACAGGGACGUGAUGUUGGAGAAUUACAGCCACCUUGUGUUCCUGGGUCUUGCUUUCUCUAAGCCAUACCUGGUCACGUUUCUGGAGCAAAGACAAGACCCUUUGGAUGAGAAGAAACAAGUGGCCACCACCAUGCACCCAGAUAUAAAACCAUAUAAAUGUAAAGAAUGUGGCAAAGCCUGUGAUUGGAACUCACUCCUUCUCGAACACCAGAGAACCAAUCCAGGAGAGAAUGCAUACAAGUGUGAAGAAUGUGGUCAGGCUUCUGGCUCUUACUCAGUAAUUCCUGAACAACAUAUAAACGAUACGGAAGAGAAAGCCUGCAAGUGUGAAGAAUGUGGUAAAGUCAUUUGUACUUGCUCAGAAAAUUCCAGCUACCAGAGAAUUUUCAUUGGAGAAAACCCCUACAAGUGUGAAGAAUGUGGGAAAGCCUUUUCUUCUCAUGCAUGUCUUGCUCAACAUGAGGUAGAACACACUGGACAGCAAUUUUAUAACUGUGAAGAAUGUGGGAAACUGUUUUAUUGUCCUUCUCACCUUACAGAACAUCAAAAAAUUCAUUCUCAAGAGAAUCUCUUUAAGAUUGAGGUGUGUAGCGAGGUCUUUUGUGCUCCCAUAGAACUUUCUAAAGACCAGAACUUUUGUACUGAAGAAAAGCCCUACAGGUAUGAAGAGUAUGUUAAGGCCUUUAGCACUUGCUCAGUUCUUUCUGAACACCCGACAAUUCAUCCAGGAGAGAAAGCAUUCAAGUGUGAAGAAUGUGGCAAUGCCUUUUGUACACUCCAUUCAGUCUCUAAAAUGAAAAUUGAUUGUGAAGUGAAAUCCUACAAGUGUGAAGAGUGUGGGAAAGCCUUUGCUACUCAUCUUUCCCUGAUUCAGCAUAAGAUAGGUCAUACUCGAGAGAAACCUUAUCAAUGUGAAGAAUGUGGCAAAAUGUUUUACUGUUCUUCAAACCUUAAGCAACAUCAAAUAACUCACUCUCAAGAGAAACCCUACAAGUGUGAAGUAUGUGGCAAGGUCUUUAGAACUUGCUGGCAACUUUCUAAACACCUGAGAAUCCAUUCUGGAGAGAAACCAUACAAGUGUGAGGAAUGUGGCAAAGCCUUUUAUACUCUCUCCUACCUUACUCAGCACAAAUUAGGCCACACUGGGGAGAAACCUUACAAAUGUGAGGAAUGUGGCAAAACCUUUUACUAUCCUUCAGUCCUUAAGGAACACCUAGCAAUUCAUUCUGGAGAGAAACCGUACAGGUGUGAUGAAUGUGGCAAGGACUUUUGUACUCGCUCAGGACGUUCCAGACACCANAGAAUCCAUACUGGAGAGAAACCCUACAAGUGUGAAGAAUGCGGGAAAAUGUUUUAUUAUCCUUCUCGACUUAAGGAACAUCAAAGAAUUCAUUCUCAAGAGAAUCCUUACAAGUGUGAAAUAUGUGGCAAAGCCUUUUAUACUCACUCCUACCUUACUCAGCACAAAUUAGGCCACACUGGGGAGAAACCUUACAAAUGUGAGGAAUGUGGCAAAACCUUUUACUAUCCUUCAAUCCUUAAGGAACACCUAGCAAUUCAUUCUGGANAGAAACCNUACAGGUGUGANGAAUGUGGCAAGGACUUUUGUACUCGCUCAGGACGUUCCAGACACCANAGAAUCCAUACUGGAGAGAAACCCUACAAGUGUGAGCAAUGUGGAAAGGCUUUCAGUACUCACUCAUACCUUUCUCAUCACAAGAUAGUUCACACUGGACAUAAACCCUACAAGUGUGAAGAGUGUGGCAAAAAGUUUUACUAUCCUUCUCGCCUUAAGGAACAUCAAAGAAUUCAUUCUCAAGAGAAUCCUUACAAGUGUGAAGAAUGUGGCAAGGACUUUUGUACUCGCUCAGGACGUUCCAGACACCAGAGAAUCCAUACUGGAGAGAAACCCUACAAGUGUGAGCAAUGUGGAAAGGCCUUCAGUACUCAUUCAUACCUUUCUCAGCACAAGGUAGUCCACUCUGGAGAAAAGCCCUACAAGUGUGAAGAGUGUGGCAAAANGUUUUACUAUCCUUCUCGCCUUAAGGAGCAUCAAAGGAUUCAUUCUCAAGAGAAUCCCUACAAGUGUGAAGUGUGUGGCAAAGUCUUUAGUGCUCAGUUAGAACUUGCUACCCACCUAAGUAUUCAUUCCGGAUAAAACCAUACAAGUGGGAAGGAUAUGGAAAUGCUUUUUAACUCAUCCAUCCUUACCUCAGAACAGAUUCCUGAACAGAAUUCUUAACAAUGUGAAGAAUGGCAAAAUGUUUUCUAUCCUCCAAACCUUAAGCCUCUGGAGGGAAACCACUCUCACGUGUGGACUGUAGCAAGGUCUUUUGUACUCACUUAGGACUUUCUAAACAUCAAAAGAACCAUACUGGUAAGAAAGACCACAAAUAUAGGAAAGCUACUAAACUUUUUAACCUUACUCACCACAAAGUAGUUCUUUCUGUUCAGAAACACUAUACAAGAGGAAAUGCUGGAAAAUUCUUUACUCUUUUUCAAUCCUUAAAGAGUAUCACAGAGGUCAUUCUCAAGAGAGACCCUACAAGUAUGAGGAUUGUGCUUUUGGUUAUUCAGAUCUUAUCCAACACAAUUGGAUCCAUAGUAAAAAGAAACCAAACCUUUGUGAAGAAUGUGACAAGUGCUUUACUAAUCAACACUCUCUAACCUUAAAAUUUAUUCUAGGGAGAAACACUACAAAUGUGAACAAAUUGACAAGGCUUUUAAAUGGUCUUCAUAGAUUAACACAAAAGUAUUGGUACUGAAGAACAACCUUACACUGGUAAAAUGUAUUAUGAAGAUUUCAUUCAUCAUUCAGUAUUUGCUGAAUGUCAGAAUAUUCACACUUGGGAGAAUCUCUAUAAAUGUGCAAAAUAUAGCCAGGUGUUUAGCUGUAAUUUGUCACUGCAUUAGCAUGAGAGAAUUAAUACUCCAAAAAUACAAAGAAUAUAGCAAGGCCUUUACCCGUUUUCUCAUACUUUAUCCUCAGAAACCUCAUACUAUAGAGAAACUGCACAUACAAAUAACAUGUCAAACUUUUAAUAAUAUUUCAAAUCUCAGUCAACACCAAAGAAUGAAUUCAGUAAGCUUCACUGUUUGACUUCACAUCUCUCGGCAUCUAAGGAAAGCUCAACCCUGUGCUUGUUUGAAUCAGACUAACUUACAGAUGUGUCUAUAGGACAUUUUCUUGGAUGUUGAUUGAUGCCCAGUCUCACCCCUGGACUGGUGGUCCUGAGUGAAUGAGAAUUCUGGCCACCAAAAAUCAGAGGGAGCAAGCCAGUAAGCAGAAUUCCUCAAUGGUUUCUACUUUAGUUCCUGUCUCAAGGUUUUUCCCUUGAGUUCUCAUCCUGGCUGAACUGGUUGACUAACUGUAAUUCCUAAACUGAAAUAAACCCUUUCCUCUUUUAAGUUAUUUCUUAGUCAUGGCAUUUAUCACAGCAACAGAAAUCAAAAUCAGGCAGCAAAGAAUAUGGGAAAGCUUUUUACUUUUCUUUAUAUCUUAGUUAUUAUCAAAGUCUUCAUACUGAGAAUGUCACAGUGUUGGUUUGGUUUUUUGUUUUUGAAAUGGAAAAUUAGACCUCUAGUGUCAGCUAAGAACAUAUGAGUCCUAUAGCAGAGACUCCUGUUUGCUAUAAUCUACCAAUCUAUUCUUUCAGACAAUGUGUUUUUCAAGAGUCAUUGGUUGUUCUUUGAACUAUAAAUUUUUCCUGAAACUGUAGCCAUGUUGUCAGACUGUACCUGAGUACUCUCAUUCUGGAUUCCUGGGCCAUGAUUUAUAUGGCAAUUUUGCCCUUUGGGUCCCCCAAUUGUAAGUAACCCUUACCCUUUGGUCUGUAAGAAAACCCAAUACAUUCAUUUUUCUCACCAACUUGGGCUGUAGUGAAAUCCUAAGAUGGUGUGUUGUGGGGUCCCUUUGUAGUGACUAGGCAUUUAUUUGUGUCUAGAAAUAGCUAACACAUGUCAUUCAUAUUUGGCUCCAAAAUAAACAAAGUCUUAUUUCUCUUUCAGGUGA